CUCUUUCUCUUUCCAUCUCUCAUUCUUAAGUUGCAUUAAACAUGAAGAAAGUUCAAUUCUCUGGUAAUGUUGAAUUUGUUAGCACAUUUGCUAAUGAAGAUUAUGAUCGAACAGCUCAAGAAGUAGCCAAAUUGACUUACCGAGAUAUGCUUGAAUUAUUAACAAUGAAAUCUCAAUGGAAGAGGGAUAUGGAACGAAUGCUUGCUGAACGAGAGAUGAAAGAAAAGAUGAACGAAGCCAACGAUAAUCAAUCUCAACAACAGCAACAAGAACAGCAUCAACCUUUAUAUAACGUACCCGAAAUUUGCACUUGAUCUCAUUUACAUAUAUAUAUACACCAACAUACACACGCAUUUACGUAUCCCCCUUCUCUCCUCUUUACUCCAUCUAACGCAUUUAUACCAUCCAUACCUCUUUCUCUUUUCCUCUCUAAUGCAUUCUCCCUUUUUCCCUAUCUUUUUGUAAAAUUUCUAAAAAUGUCACUCCCACACGCAUUGCAAAUCUGUAAUUAAAUUUUAUUUCCAAAAAUAAACUCUGG